AAAAACACUCGUUUAGUCACGGACCGUAGUCACGGAUUUGGUCCGUGACUAGCCUAGUCACGGACUAGUCACGGACUAGUCACGAAAAUUUAAAAAAAAAAUUAGUCACGGAUUUUACCGUGACUAGUGCCGUGACUACACGUAGUCACGGAUUUUUGUCCGUGACUAACAUCCUCCGAUUGCCCGUUUGAUUUUCCGGCCUGGCUUGUUUUACUCCGGCGACAUAGUCACGGCCACAUCCGUGACUACAGCCGUGACUAAAUUUAAAAAAUAAUUUUGCAUCUCCCAUAAAUCAAUCCGCAACGGUAUUAUGUACGGAUAAUUUUAGUCACGGCCAUGUCCGUGACUAUGUCCGUGACUACUUUGAUUUACACGUCAUUUACACGUCAUUAACACGGAUCGGACGCGUAAUGGACACGGUAUUGCUUAGUGACGGACAAAUCCGUGACUAAGUCCGUGACUAAAUUUUUUAUAUAUGCAGGAGCAGUUCAUUCAACAGAACCACACCAAUUCAUUCCCAGUAUAUACAGUAUCUGUUUGAAAGAUCGAAGGAUGUAGUCUGUCUUCUAUCAUUUUCCCCAUUUAUGCAGUUAAGGCAUAAUGUAUAAACAAAAUAGAAGUUGGAUGUAUGAUAAAGAUGCGGUAUUGUACGGAAUGCAAUCAAAUUUUCUCGAGGGAGUCGGGGAAUUUAUUGAAUUUGCACUUGAACAUCCGGCUUAUAUGAGUGGUGAUAAAAUAAGAUGUCCAUGUUCAAAGUGUAAAAAUCUCAAAUUUAAAGACCCACACGAAGUUGGGUAUGAUUUGUACGCGGUCGGUUUUGUUCCCAAUUAUUAUAAUUGGACUUCUCACGGCGAACCUUUGGAUCCAUCUGUUAUACCACAAACGGUAGGUUCGUCUCGUUACGUCCCUCCAGAGAUGAGUGCGUGGGGAGACCGUGCUGAAAUGAGGUGGGACCAACAAAUGGUAUAUGACGCAUACGGUGUACCGAUGUCUCAGUUCAAUCCCCCACAACCACCUAACGACCCCCCUGAAGCCUCAACCUCGUAUCAACCAGAUGCGGAUGAAAAUCCGACAUUUUAUCAACCUUAUGUGGAUGAAGGUUUGACUGAGAGAUUUCAGGAUGUUCUAAAAGCUGCCGACCAACCUCUGUAUGCUGAUUGUGAGGGAUACUCUCAGCUAUCCGCCGUUACUGAAUUCAUGAACAUAAAAGCCGAAUACAGUCUCCCUGAAACUUGCAUGAAUAGAGUCUUGCAGUCAGUAGGAGGGAUGCUACCACGAGAUCAUACCCUUCCAGAUUCAUAUUACCACAUGAAGCAGUUAAUGUCUAAGUUGGGGCUACCUUGUGUUGAAAUUGAUGCGUGUCCGGAAGGAUGUAUGUUGUUCUGGAAGGAGGAUGAGGCACUUGAGUUCUGCAAGUUCUGUGGUGGAGACAGAUACAAACCUGUUCGUCAAGGUAAAAAGAAACCACGACAUAGGUCUGCACUGUCUAAACUGUAUUACCUCCCAAUAGCUCCUCGACUGCAGAGGAUGUACGCUUCGACUGCUACUGCGAAACACAUGACAUGGCAUGUUGAGCACGAAACCAACGAGGGUAUGAUGGCUCACCCUUCGGACUGUGAAGCCUGGAGACACUUUGACCGCUGUCAUCCUCAGUUUGCUAUGGAGCCACGAAAUGUGCGGCUGGGAUUGUGCUCAGAUGGAUUUGCUCCUUUUGGCAGGUUUGGCAAGAACUAUUCAUGUUGGCCGGUCAUGUUAACUCCUUACAAUCUCCCUCCCGACAUGUGCAUGAAAAGUCA